CAUGCGUGGACAUUUUAAUGAAGUUCUGAAAAUCGAAGAGAAAUUUCAACAGUUAUUUGUGUUUUGAGAUCAUACUAGCUAUACUAUGAAGUAAAUACCGGUAUAGCAACAUGCCUAGUAUGAAGCCAAAGAAGGAGUCUGAGUCUGUCAAGGUGGUGGUUCGAUGCAGACCUCUCAAUGAAAAAGAAAAAUCACAAGGACAUUCAAAAUGUGUCACCAUGAAUUUAAAGAAAGGAACUAUAGAAGUGUCCAAUGUAAAAGCACCCAAUGAUCCACCAAAAACUUUCACAUUUGACUCAGUCUACGAUACAGAUUCUAAACAGCAGGACCUGUAUGAUGAGACAUUCAGAGACUUGGUGCAGUCUGUAAUGGAUGGUUUCAAUGGUACCAUAUUCGCCUAUGGCCAGACAGGCACUGGGAAAACAUUCACAAUGCAAGGUGUGAAGAACAACCCAGAACUGAGGGGAGUUAUCCCCAACUCAUUCGACCAUAUCUUCCAACAUAUAGGACGGUCAGAGAACCAGCAAUAUCUAGUCAGAGCUUCUUAUCUAGAAAUAUACCAGGAGGAGAUCCGAGAUCUACUAGCAAAGGACCAGAAUAAACGUCUUGAGCUCAAAGAGAGGCCAGACACUGGCGUUUAUGUAAAGGAUUUAUCAUCUUUUGUGACAAAAAGUAUAAAAGAAAUAGACCAUGUUAUGAAUGUAGGAAACCAGAACAGAUCUGUGGGGGCAACAGCCAUGAAUGCAGACAGUUCUAGAUCUCAUGCAAUCUUCAUUAUAACUAUAGAAUGUAGCUCGAUAGGGCCAGAUGAAGAGAAUCAUAUACGUGUUGGCAAGUUGAACCUGGUAGAUCUGGCGGGGAGUGAGAGACAGGCAAAGACGGGGGCAACAGGUGAUAGAUUAAAAGAGGCGACUAAGAUCAACUUGUCUUUAUCAGCCUUGGGUAAUGUCAUAUCAGCGUUGGUGGAUGGCAAAAGUUCACACAUUCCAUACAGAGACUCAAAACUUACAAGGUUGUUACAAGAUUCAUUGGGUGGCAAUGCAAAGACUGUAAUGGUAGCAAACAUUGGUCCAGCAGGCUGGAACUUUGAUGAGACAGUCACAACACUAAGAUAUGCCAACAGAGCCAAGAAUAUCAAGAAUAAGCCCAAAGUUAAUGAAGACCCCAAGGAUGCACUACUAAGAGAAUUCCAGGAGGAAAUAGCAAGACUAAAGGCACAUCUUGAUGGUAAAGGGGGCCCAAGGAAGAAGAAAGGUAAAAAGAAGAAACGUGAGAGACGCACUGGACCAGAUGGAGAGAUACUAUCUGAAGGUGAGGAGAGUUCAGAAGAAGAGGGUGAAGGUGACAGUGAAGAUGAGGAGGAGUUUAGGAAACAACAACAGGAAAAGCUGGAACAAGAGAAGAAAGCUAUCAUGGAGAAUACGCAGCUUAUUGCAGAGGAAAGGGAGAAACUGCUGAAUGAGGCAAGGGAGAAGGAAGAAAGAUUGGCGAAGGAGCAACAGGCACAGGAGGCUCUGAAUGCUAAGAUUAAAGCCAUGGAGAGUAAGCUGCUGUGUGGUGGCAAGAACAUUGUAGAUCACACCAAUGAACAACAGAGAGCACUUGAACAGAGGAGGAAGGAGAUCUCAGAACAACAGCGAAAAGAACGAGAGAUUCAACAACAGAUGGAGACAGAGGAAGAAAAGAUGGGACAGAUAGAAGAGGGCUACACAUCAUUACAACAAGAAGUUGAGAUCAAGACCAAAAAAUUAAAAAAGUUAUUUGGUAAGCUCCAACAGACUCGUCAAGAGAUUGUUGACCUGCAAGAUGAACAUGUAAGAGAGAGGCAGGAAUUGGAACAAACCCAGAAUGAACUCACACGAGAGUUGAAAUUAAAGAUGUUAAUCAUUGACAACUUUAUUCCUGGAGAAGAGAAGAACAAAGUUCUGAACAGAGUGGAAUAUGAUGAAGAUGAAGAUACGUGGGUGGUGAAACCACUAACCAAGCAAGGCCACAUGGCUAAGCGUCCAGUUUCAGCUGCAGGGAAUAAGAGGCCAGUAUCAGAAUAUGCUAAACUAGCUGCAGCCAUGGGGGGUAACCCAAGGUAUAAGCCUGAUAACAUCCUACAAGUUGAGCUAGAUAUGCCGAAUCGUACGACUCGGGACUAUGAAGGUCCUGCAGUGGCUCCACGUGUCCAAGCAGCCCUUGAUACGGCACUCAUGGAAGAAGAAGACAUUGACGUUGAUGGCAGUCCAGCCAUCUUCAGCAGUAAAGCUAACAAAAAACGUAAAGAUAAAGAUAAAGCAAAUCCUGGCGCAAGGGCAAAAACUAAGAAAAAUUUACAAAUGAACAGUGGACCUCAGUAUCCAACAGCUAGGGGCUUAGUGUCAAAAUAGCCCCCCACCAAGUUGUGGAUGCUAUUUUAGUCCAGUAUAAAUAUGGCAUGAGACAGAAAUAAUGGAGAGUGGAUCCAAUGUUGGAUAAACAAUGUACUUGUUUAUGCGCUGACAGCGUAGUAGACGAGCACUAGCUCUAUAAUGGUACUUUUAAAACACAGAAGCAAUCCUCCCUUCAUUUAGAGGUGUUACCUAUGUUAGUGUGUGGACAAAGCCCAAAGUGGGGUGAAGUAAGAACGCUGAGCUCACUUGCUAGCACACGGGACUAUCCUCUGACUAGGGCAUUACCUUUUACAAAAUUACACUAGGAUUACAAUACUCUUAGAUGGACAGAUGAUUUUACAGUAUGACACUCAGCCAGAGAGAACUGCAGAUAAGGCUAAUAUAUUUACAUAUACAGUCUGUAACUGAGAAGCAUCUUAGAGGGACAACAGGGUCUUUUUAGGCUUUGCAAUUUUAGAGGUUUAUCUGUAAUGACCAUAAUGUGAGGAAAUCCUUGAAAAGGGUCAAAUGGAUAUGAGCUUGCAUAUAAAUAGAAGUCACUUAUGAGUCUGGCAUCAUAGACAAAAAAUAUCAGAAAUUGUUUUUACUUAUCUUACAUCACUCUAAAUCU